AUGGCUUGUGUCUCAGCAGAAGACUACCAGACAACGGCCAAGGAGUUCAACAACACUGAUGAUUCCACAACACUGCAACUGUGUUUACACCAACUUUUCGAGCACGCCGCGGAGAAGUACAGCGGCAAGAUCGCCCUAAUUUGUGCCAACAGGACACUCACCUUUGGAGAACUCAAUGCGGCUGCGAAUCGUUUUGCCAGAGUCCUUAUUCAGCAAGGUAUCAGGAAUGGCGACCUCGUCGGUGUGGCCCUGGAUCGCUCCGUCAACCUCGUCGCGGUGUUGCUAGCGGUCUUGAAGACCGGCGCCACGUACGUGCCUAUUGACCCGGCCUUUCCCGCAGAACGCAUCAAACAAAUGAUGGAAGAUGCCUGUCCGAAGCUCCUCAUUACCGGUGAUAACACACUCGAGGCCUUCACUUCCAGGGGAAGCGUGUACCUGAGCGUCUACGAGGUGCUGCGCAUGAUAAAUCCAGACUGUGGUGGCAGCAACCUCGGUGUGGUAGUAGGGAGCGAUGAUCUUGCCUAUGUCAUGUACACCUCCGGCUCGACUGGUCGGCCCAAGGGCGUCGAGGUCAGCCACGGGAAUAUCUCAAAUCUACUAUUGUCGAUGCAGAAGGAACCAGGGUGUAGCGAAACGGAUCGGCUGCUUGCUCUCACCACGGUAUCUUUCGAUAUGGCCGUUGUCGAGCUCAUCGCACAAAGACACGAAGUAAAAGACACCGCUGCCCUGAUCAGACUUAUGGAGCGCCAUGAAAUCACCAUAAUGCAGGGGACACCCGCAAUCUGGCAAAUGCUACUGGAUUCAGGCUGGCGAGGCCAGCCUCGGCUGAUGAAGCUCUUAUGCGGCGGCGAAGCGCUGCCUCGACCACUAGCAGAUCGCUUGCUGGCGUGUAGCGACAUGAUGUGGAAUAUGUAUGGUCCAACUGAGGCGACUGUGUAUGCGAGCAUUUGGAGGGUAUGCCAAGGCCAUGAUGUGAUUAUCGGAAGUCCCAUCAUCAACGGCCGCCUUUACGUGCUCGAUCCGAACCUGUCGCCAGUACCGCCCGGUUGUACUGGUGAGCUAUAUAUUGGAGGAGCUGGCGUGGCACGCGGUUAUCGCAACAACAGCGAACUUACCCGCUCUCGAUUUCUUGACAACCCCUUUCACGAUGGCCGGAUGUACCGAACUGGUGAUCUCGCUCGCUUUCUGGCGCCCGGAAAAUUGAGCGUCAUGGGCCGUAUGGAUGGGCAGGUUAAGAUCCGAGGCCACAGAAUUGAGCUGGGCGACAUCGAAGCGGCUAUUACUGAGUGUCAGAACAUCUCCGGCGCAGUUGUAGUCUGUCGCGAUGACCGACUGAUAGCCUAUUGCGUGCAAAAGGUGAGGCCGCUCAGGAGUGGAGUUGAAGCCAAGGCAGCGCUUGACCGUGUGAUACGCCCUUGGCUGGCUGAGCGGCUGCCAUCUUACAUGGUGCCAGCAUUCUUCGUUGAAAUGAAAGCUUUCCCGGUGACGAUGAAUGGCAAAAUUGACCGCAACGCCCUCCCGGAUCCAGUAGCGGCAAUGCAGACGACGUCCGACAUGAAGCCCGUCACUGAGUUGGAGAAUCAGAUACUCACGAUUUGGUCGAGAGUCCUUGGCCACGACCGCGUCGGCGUCAAUGACAAUUUCUUUGAGGUUGGAGGGGACUCUGCACGUGUCGUCCGCGUCCAAAAAGAGCUCGAGAGACUGCUAGGCCGGACGGUUUCGUCACCCACACUGUUUGAACACUAUACCAUCAAGACAUUGGCGGCGCAUCUGACAAGCUCGUCUGAUAUGGCUGGCCUGAAACUUGAUACCAAGCAACGUCAUGUGUAUGAUACCGAAGAAAUCGCGAUUGUCUCCAUGGCAUGUCGGCUACCCGGUGGCAUUACCACCCCAGAGGACUUUUGGAAGCUACUUGAGCGCGGUGGUGACGCCAUUACCGACGUGCCUGAGGACCGUUGGGAUGCUGAUGCCUUAUACGAUGUGAGCUCAGACGCUCACGGCAAAUCGUAUUGCCGCCGUGGUGGAUUCAUUCCUUCAAUCAACUCGUUUGAUAUAUCAUUCUUCGGCAUCUCACCACGAGAGGCACGCACACUGGACCCUUCACAUUACAUGAUGCUGGAGACCUGUUGGGAAGGAUUUGAGCGUGUGGGUUAUACUAUAGAACAGUUACGCGGUAGCCAGACUGGCGUCUUCAUCGGCAUCAGCAAUAUUUCAGCCCAUCAGCGUUUCAACCUAACCGCCAUUAAUGACUUGGCAGAUCUUGACGGGUACACGGUGACAGGCUCGGCUGGAGGCACUCUGUCCGGCCGCAUCUCCUACCAACUGGGCCUAGAGGGCCCAGCAAUGACGAUAGACACUGCGUGCUCCUCCUCGCUGGCCACGACUCACUUGGCCUGUACUGCGCUGCGUCAGGGUGAAUGCGACAUGGCCGUGUCUGGUGGCGUAAGCCUGAUACUCAAUCCCGCCCUGCAUGUGGAAUUCAGCCGGCUACAGGGCAUGUCGCCGGAUGGCCGUUGUCGGUCGUUUGCUGCCGACACCCAAGGCACAGGGUGGUCCGAGGGCUCUGUCGUCGUCAUCCUGAAGCGCUUAUCCGAUGCUCAACGCGAUGGUGAUCCGAUCCACGCCGUGAUACGUGGCACCGCCGUCAACCACAACGGCCGCAGUGCCAGCUUGGCAACGCCCAGCGGAUCUGCCCAGCAACGACUCAUUCGUACGGCCUUAACUGCGGCUAGACUGCAGCCUGAUGACAUCGACUAUGUUGAGGCUCAUGGCACCGGUACUAAACUGGGCGAUCCAAUCGAAGCUACAGCGUUGAUGGAGGUGUUUAGCCCCAGCCGCACCAAUGUAGAACCUCUAUUGAUCGGUUCGGCCAAGUCUAAUAUCGGCCACACUCAAGCCGCUGCUGGUCUGGUAGGUCUGCUGAAAGUGACGUUGGCCAUCCAGCAUAGCACCCUACCGCAGACUUUGCACGUCGCCAAGCCUACCCUGGCGGUGGACUGGCAGCGUGCCAAGAUGACCCCGGUGCUGAAAAAGCGCCCGUGGCUAUCACAAGGGAGCCGGGUGCGCCGGGCUGGUGUUAGUGCAUUCGGCAUCGGUGGCACAAAUGCUCAUAUCAUUGUCGAAGAACCACCGAGGCGGAUGAUGGUUGCUGAUAGUGCGAGGACGGUAGUUCGACUGCCUUCUAUUAUGCCGUUCCUCCUCUCGGGCGACACCGACGCAGCCCUGCGCAUGCAGGCCGAGAAAUUUCAUAGACACAUCAGCAGCACCAUUGACCAGGAUGGCCUUGGUGAUGUAGCCUACUCCCUGGCGACCACUCGCAGUCAUUUUCGAAGGCGGAUAGUAUUGUUGGCCGAAGGCAAGGCUGAGCUGCUGGAGAAGCUGGACUCGAUCAUCCAUCCGGACUCUUUCGCAUUGCCUGCUAGCGACGCUGCGGAGGCGCCAAGGCUAGCCAUCCUCUUCACCGGCCAAGGCAGCCAGUGGCCAGGCAUGGGCAAGGACCUGUGCGAGGUCUACCCCAUCUUUCGCGAAACGAUAAGCGAGAUCGCGGCCGAGUUCACGGAAUUGGAAUUGCCGCUGCUCGAUGUCAUGUGGGCGGAACCGGGCAGCACAGCCGCCACAUGGUUAAACCGUACUGACUUUGCCCAGCCUGCUCUAUUUGCUUUGGAGGUCGCGUUAUGGCGGCUGUGGCAGAGCUGGGGCGUAGUGCCGGAGUUUGUCCUCGGCCAUAGCUUAGGCGAGCUUGUGGCUGCUCAUGUAGCGGGCAUCUUGGAUCUGCCUGAUGCCUGUCGAUUAGUUGCGGCGCGUGGACGAUUAAUGCAGGCUCAAUCCGGUAAUGGCAGGAUGGUAUCGCUCGGCGCCAGCGCUGCCGAGGUAGCAAUAGCAAUUGAGCAAUUGGGCCACGGUGAUCAGGUUGAUAUCGCUCUCUAUAACGCACCAAUGCAGACAGUGAUAUCUGGCGACACAGAUGCCGUUGAAAGCAUAACGCGCCAUUUUGCUGGCCAAGGCCGCAAGACCAAGACGCUGGUCGUUGGACAUGCCUUCCAUUCCCGGCAUAUGGACGGUAUGCUACCAGACUUCCGAGCCCUAGCCGAGACUGUACGGUUUAAUCCUCCCCAGCUAAGCAUCAUCAGCAGUCUAGACGGCAGGCUGGUUGAGGCCGGUCAGCUCGAACAAGCGGACUAUUGGGUGAAGCAGGCGCGUGAGCCAGUUCGCUUUAGUGACGGCAUCCAGACUUUGGCCCGUCACGGUGUCAAUGUCUUCCUUGAGCUAGGACCGCAGCAAGUGCUUUGUGGCAUGGGUGUAGCGUGUCUUGCAGACGAUGACAAAAGCAAGUCCAUUGCCUGGUUGCCAUCUCUCAACGGUCGCAAAGAAAGCGCCUUGAUCCUUCAACAAAGUGUUGCCACUCUACAUAUGCGGCACGUGCCUAUCGACUGGCCAGUCUAUUUUAAGCCUUUUGGCUGUCAGCGCGUAGAAAUACCAACAUACGCCUUCCAGCGGGAAUACCAUGUCCGUCUCGACACGCAGCCAGGUGCUGCUGCUAAUGAUAUCAGCAAUACCACCAGCCGUGCUCGCAAAGGCCGUCAAGGGCGCUUCCAGUUCGGGAUAGUGUGGCAUCCAGUGAAGACGCACAAUGUCCAUUCAAGCGGGACCUGGGGUCUUUUGCUUCGAGCUGACAAUGUGACGUGGGCAGGGCGUGUGACAGCCAGUCUGUCGCGAGCUGGUAUACGACUGGUCGAAGUCGAGCAUCUCAAGCAUGCUGGGAAGCUGGAUGGUCUGAUGUGCCUGUGGGACUCGGAUACCGACGUUAUAUCUCAGACGCGAGAUGUCAUUGCAGAGGCGCUGACACAGCUGCAGACAGCAGCCCAGACUCAUUUUAUGCCGCCGCUUGUAUGGGUCACUCACCAGGCGGUCGGUACUGGUACCGAGUCCGACGACCAGGCCAUGAGACUUGGAACGGCUCCGUUAUGGGGUCUUAUGCGGACUGCCAGGAACGAGCAUCCGGAAUUGCACUUGCGCCUGGUCGACCUGGCUGAGGAAACAGGCACCUGUAUCGCAUCAGCGUUGACGCUAAACACCGAGCCGGAAUGCGCUGUGCGCCAGGGCCGAGUGCUUGUCCCACGGAUGCAGCGCGUUAAUUGGGUACCGAAGCCACUAGCCGAGCAACGACUUAUCCGACCGGACGGUGCAGUGCUGAUAACAGGCGGCCUCGGCCAUCUUGGAGCGCGCGUAGCACGAUGGCUGGCGAGUGACCAUGACAUCCGCGACCUGGUACUGACCUCACGCCAUGGCAUGGAAGCUUCCGGCGCGGAUGCAUUGGUACUCGAACUCUCUAGAAUCGGCGUCAGAGUUACGGUGACUGCCAGCAACAUAGCCGAUCCAGACAGCGUCAAUUCAAUCAUGGCAAUGUUCAGCAAAGACCGGCCGCUGCGAGGCGUAGUCCACGCGGCCGGUGUGGUUGACUCCGGUGUCCUCUCAGCCAUGACGCCGGAGCGGUGCGCAACGACGCUUGCGCCCAAGGUGUACGGCGCUUGGCUCCUGCACCAAUCAACUCACAAUAUGGAUCUGGACCUCUUUCUGAUGUUCUCUUCCAUCUCUGGCGUUAUGGGCAUGCCGGGUCUUGCGAAUUAUGCUGCAGCCAACGCCUUUCUUGAUGCGCUGGCAUACCUGCGUCGCGCCCAGCACUUGCCGGCCACCUCAGUGGCAUACGGCACCUGGGCAGGCGACGGCAUGGCGUCCAGACUUAGCGAAACCACCCGAGCUCACCUCACUCACUUUGGCCUUGACCCUCUCACACCCGAUGAGGGGCUGGCGCUAUUUAAACAAGCUGUGGUCAGCACUCGUGCGCUGACCGUGGCAGCCGCGCUCGAUUUGGGACGGCUUCAGGGCUUCUUUGAGGAACAGGGCGGUAUACCGCCAUUGCUUCAUUCGCUUCUAACUCAGGACAGCACCCUUGCCUCCCGAGGCUGGGAUCUGGGCAAGGUGUUGAGCGAAGCUGACCCUGGGCAGCACGCCGGUAUUGUGCUGAACAUGAUCCGAGAAGUCGUUGCCAAGGCAUUGGGUUAUACGCACCCGCUUGAUGUGGAUGUUGACCGUCCUUUGCAAGACAUUGGAAUUGACUCCUUGACCGCGGUCCAGAUGCGCAAUCAUCUGGCGACACUGACGGGCCUGACGCUCUCCGUCAAUAUUGCUUUCCUUUAUCCAAACCUAAAGGCGCUCAGCCAGUCCCUGUUGUCCCAGCUGCAGGACAUGGAUACGUCGUCCACCACAAAGGCAUCGAGCAGUGCGACUUCUGCCACCACGGCAUUUGACUCUCCUCAUUUGAAUAUGGAGGCAGUCCGCAAAGGCUGUCUCGACAGCAGCUUCAGGUUCGACAACGUAACUCGGGAUCCAGCUAAAUGUACCACACGUCCCGACUCCGUCUUUCUCACAGGCGCUACAGGUUUUGUCGGUGCCUCUAUCCUGUACGAGCUGCUCAAGCAGGGCAUCACUACGCACUGCCUCGUGCGCGCCGACGGCGUCGAUAAGGCACGGCAGCGGGUGGUGGGCACUCUGGAAGACUAUGGUCUCUGGCAAGCCAACUUUGCGUCACUGAUCAACCCGACAGUCGGUGACAUGGCUCAACCCUUGCUCGGCUUGACCGAGGAAGUAUUCGACGACUUGGCAGAUCGAGUUGAUGCCAUUUGUCACUCGGGCGCUCUCGUCGAUUGGAUGCGGCCGCUGGAAGACUACGUCGGUCCCAAUAUCGUCAGCACCCACGAGAUUCUGCGCCUGGCCUCACGCGGCUGUGCCAAAGCAGUCCAUCUUGUGUCCACGAUCUCGACAUUACCCAAGCAUAUGGGCCUCGACCUUAGCGCGGCAGACCAAGAAUACGGCUAUGGGACCUCCAAAUACAUUGCAGAGAGGCUGGUGGCAGCGGCUCGUUGGCGCGGCGCCAGGGCAUGCGUCUACCGUUUACCCUAUGUCACUGCCUCGACUGCGACUGGUCACUUCCGGCUCGAUCGCGGCGACUUCUUACACAACUUGAUUGUCGGAAGCCUUGAAAUGGGAGCGUUCCCGUCAUUGGAUGCUGAUAUGUCCGCUGUGCUACCCAUCGACUACCUAAGUAAAACCAUCGUAGCCGUAAUGACACAAGAUUUGCAUCGAAUGGGCCGGGACUGGGACUUUUUGAACACACGUGCACCGACCUGCAAUGACUUCUUCAAGCUGAUAGGUGCCGUUGGUGGUGGGAAGGAGAUCGUAACCUUCGGUUCGUGGAAGCAACAGGCACUGGACUAUGCUGCCGCACAUCCGACAAGCCCUCUGGCCCGCAUCACUGCUGUUUUCGACAGCUACACAGACAAAACCGCGGCUGGUAUGUUCAAGGGUGCAUCUGUUGGAGAGCACGUCUUUGGGGACGAUGAUUAUCCCGCGCCCUUGAUUAACGAGCAGUUUGCUGAGACAUAUCUAAAUCGUAUUUACACGCAUUCUAAUAGAAACACUUAA